UCCGAACAUCUUGGGCACAUAAAUUCACUCUCCGGGCAAAACAAAACCACUCUUGUUUCCAUGCAUCCGCGCAUUCCUCGACCGUGUGAUUCUACCCACACGGGGGCACCUCGUCAUUCCGCUUGAUGCCCCCAAGACCAGAGCAGCCGUGGGCUGACGGCAGACUUUCAACCACCAUGAAUCAAAGGUUCUGAACAGCAACCCGGCGCAGGUGGUCUGCAAUCCUCCCUCCGCCCCCUGCAUGGUCUACCCGCCCUCAUGGCGGGAACUUCUUUUCCUCUGCGCUGCAGCUGCGGGGUCUGCCCCCGCGAUGCAGCAGUCUGUCUUCCACAGCUCUUCACCGCGAACAGCCUCGCGCUCGCCUCUCCGGGCAACACAUCCUGCACCGAGCCGGCUCGCUGCACGCUCUUCCUUCGACCUUCUGUACCAUUUCUCCCAAUACCAUCACCUGUAAUCGACUUUCGUUCGACCUGUCUGUACAAUAUCGGCGUUCAUAUUUUGCGGUGGGCACAUUGGGGGGGUUCGGAUAUGUGGAUCUGCAGGCUUGUUGGGAUUGGAUUUGACGGGAUACCCAGGCUAUCUGGGACUAUAUUUCAGGGAUUAAUUGCAUAUGCAGUCUGGGCCUAGCCUCGCUUUAGCAGAUGCAUCAGAAUUUAACCUAUUUGAUGGAAAUAUCAUGCUGCCUCCUGUGACUACUGUACAUGAAUGCGCGCCUCACUCUUCUCCCUUUUUUACCUCCCAUUCUGAUCUUCCAUUCUGAUCUUCAAUUCUGAAUUCUAUGUUGUCUCAUCCAUCAUCCAUCACCCCUCGCAACCCCCUCCCCCCUCCCCCUCAGCCCGGCCCAGCCCAGGCCAGCUCAGCUCGACAGACCAAUAACCAUUACACAAUAAACCUCCGCACCCCUCACGUAGCCCAACCUCCCCUCCCCCCGCGCCUCUUACCUCGCUGUAGCAGGCAAAGUGUAGUGUAGACUGUGUAGCAGAACACCCAAUAUAUUACGCGACGUCAGCGCCCGUCAAUCGCUGCCGCAUAGGGAGCGCU